AUGGAUGUUGGAAGGGAACCUGUGGAUGAUGAAGAGUUUGCAAGGAUUUGGGGAUUGAUUGAGAAAGAGAUGGAAAAGCUUGGGACAGGAAUGUAUUGUAAUGCAAUUGAGGUUUAUAACUGGAUUUAUGUAGUGUGCACUUCAUGCACGAUGAGGUUUGAGAGCAAGUUGUAUUGGAAGAUAGGAGACUUUAUUUACAUGAAGGCACGGGAGAUGAGAACAGAGAUUUUUGGGAGAGAUAAUUGGGUACAUGAAUAUAACCAGAUGUUCCGGAAAUUCAAGGAGAUUGUUUAUGCAAUUGAUGAGAUGAGUGACUUUCUGAAUGAGUGUGUGAGAGGAAGGACGAUUCGAGAUCUUGGAUUUUUGUUAUGGGAGAGAUGUAUUUUGCAGCAGACGAUGAAAUACAAGCACACAACGCUUGGGGCAGAGCUUGUUAAUCGCAGCAAAGCUGAAGAAGUGAGGGAAGCAAUUGAAUCUAUGAGAUUGAUAAUACCUGAUCAGAAGCAGCCACUUCUUUACUACACCCAGAGAUAUGAGCAAUAUGCAAUACAGAAGAUCAGAAGCAAGUAUGAAGAAGAGGCAAAGCAGCAGGGCAUGGAUGUAGAAAAAUAUUCUUUCUAUGUAAAUGAGAAGAUAUGCCAUGAGAGGAGCAUGCAAGAAAAAGUGUUUUUGGAGGAAUCAUGGCCUAAGGUUGAGAGUGUACUUGAGGAAGUGUUUGUGAUGAACAAUAAAGAAAGGAUAUUUGAGGAAGUGUAUGGGAUAUUGUGCCAGUACAAACUUCCUGUUGACAAGAUUGCAAGAAUGGUGAAUGAUGAGACAGAUAUGAAUGGAUCAGGAGUGAUUGGAUCGUGUGAGAAUGACUUCUACGAGCUGCAUGGAGCGCCGUCUUCUGCUGGUGAUAGAUGUGUGAGAUUUGCCAGGGAUGUAUUUUUGGAGAGGAUGUCUGUGGUGUAUGAGAACCUGAGUGGGUUGAAGUCUUCAUAUGUAGUUUUGAAGGAAGUUCUUGUAAAGUAUGUACAUGAGAAGUGUGAAGAGAAUGCUAAUGGAUAUGGAACAGGAGUUGAGCCGCUGUAUACUUUUUACUGCAUGUUGAGACAUGUGGUUGAUGUUGGAUAUCUUGAGGAUAAAGAAUGCUUGCAGGUGCUUAAGCGUGAGCUCUCUGUAGCUUGUUCUAAGUUGAGGCCAAGUAUAGAAUGCAGGUUGCUUGAUUUCUGUGACUCUGUGGUUGAGGAUCCGCAAAAUGUGUUUGUUUUUCUGAAUACGAAGCCUUUGGUGAUGCACAGAAAUGCAGAAGAAGGCGUAAGUGAUAGCAAAGCUAUGAUUGGACCAAGAAUGGAUACAGAUAGCAAGAUAGUGUUUGUAAGGCGGGUGUUUGGGACACUUUUUAAGAUGAUUGAUAGCAAACAGGGAUUCUAUGAGAUGUAUCUUGAUAGACUUAGUAAGCGAUUGUUGCGUGGAAGGCCGAAUCCUGAGGAGGAAAGAAAGUUAGUGCAACUGAUGAAGAGGAAGGGCAAUCAUGAUUUUGUGAGGAAGGCAGAAGCGAUGAUUGGGGACGUGGCGAUAUCUAUGAGUUAUAAUAAGGAUGCGGAGAGGUUUGUGUGGGUACUUACGCAGGCAUACUGGCCAAGUAGUGAGGAUGUUGAAGUAGCAAUUCCUCAUGAACUUGAGAUGAUUAAGAGAGUGUAUAACGGCAAGUUUGAGAGGAAGCGCCUGCAGUGGGCAUGGCAUCUUGGAAAAGUUGUUGUUGAGGUGAUAGACAGAGAUUUGGAGAUGAAUAUUUUGCAGUAUGCAGUGAUUGAUAUGUUUAACCGAUACGAGAGGAUAGAAGCAGAGUUAGUAAGGAAGGAGACAAGAUUGAGCAGCAAGAUAAUUAAGAAUGUGAUGGUGUCGUUGAUUAAGGGAGGAUUAGUGUUGAAUAUGAAUGGGGAGUAUGUACUUGGAAAUAGUGAGGAUAUACGAAUAAGAAGUAUAUGUGAGCUUUAUUCCAGUGAAGUGGAUGAACCUGACCAUGAGGUUGAUAGAAAUGUGUAUUACCAGUCGCUAAUAUCGAAGAUUCUGAAGAUGAGUAAGCAAAUGACCAUAGCAAGUCUUGUUGAAGAGGCAAAGAAAAUACAUACGGAGUGCAUUGAGUAUGAUGGAGCAGUUUUUGAGGAAGGGAUAAGGACACUUGAUGAGAAGGGCAUAUUAGAACGAAAUGGUGAAGUGUGUAUAUACCUUCCUUGA